AGCGGGAGUGCCAAGGUACUCGGAACAGAUCUUAUACGAUCCAGMCAUGAUGAUAGUUGCACAAAUUUUGCUGCUUGGGUUUCUUGUGAUAUUUGAGAACACUCAUGGUGCAGCUAGACGAUGCAGCUCUAAUCAACCUGUAAGUCGCGUGUUCCCUCUUCGACGCCGCAUUACCUUCCCAGCAACCACCGGGAGCUGUUACUUGAGCCACUCAGGGCUACUGCUGGAAAUGACUGAUGGUAAAGCGUGUGUUCUCGAGUAUUCGACAGACGGAAAUGCACGUUUGUAUGGUGUGAAACCUAUGUACUUCAGCUUUCCUUGUAAUUGGUGGAAGGAAUGUUACAUCGUAAGUCAAUCAUACAGUGGGGCAGGAACUUACCGUUGGUCACGUGAUGCUACUGGGUAUGAAGUUAAUCACCAUUCAAUAACCCCUAAGGCUGCUAGAGACACGAUGCAAAGAAUAAUGGGACAUCAUUAUCACAUGACCAAGCGAAAUAGUCACCAGGCCCAAGCGAACCUCCGAAAGAUGUGGGGUCUUCCGGCGGAAGAUGAYCACACAAGCAAAAGAUCUAUAUGUUCUUGCGUGCCACGUACCCUGAGCAAUUUUUUGCCUCAUGACGAAUCAUACAACGCCUAUCAGAUGGUUAAGCGAGCAUGUCGAAAAUAAGUGGUUAAAUCGCRUACAACGAAMAGUGAAUGCAGAAAAAAGCCAACAAUACAAAAAAAUACUGAUAAUUGCAUUCCAAAAAUCAAUAAUCAUAUAUAAUAUAGCUUCAAAUAAAAAGUCA